AUGGAUCCUGUCCUGCCGGAGCAAGCCGCAGACGCCGGCGUCACGUCGAUGGGAAGUGCCGCCAAAGGAGACGAUAUCUCACCGGUCAGCGUGAACGCCACCACAAUGCUCGUCAGGAAGGGAUCGCUGCGUGGUCUCGUCUCCACUUUGUCGCUCUACAACAUGAACGAAGAUGCAUGGGUCAAGAGGUGUAUUCCUGUCCUGGUAAUUCUUGCCAUCGUGCUCUUCGCUGUGUCAGCCGUGGCCGUAUGGAUCAAACUGAGUCGGCGAAUAACAUCGCCAAACGUGAGCACUACCGCUUCCACCAGCAUGUGCACCACGCCGCUCGUCGAGCCAACGGUCAGCCUCGAGUCCCUGGGUGCCACAGUACACGGAAACCUGGACCAGAGCCGUCAACUGCGCAAAUUCUUCGGCAUUCCCUACGGCCGGAACGGAGACCUUGCAAAACCGAGUGUGGACGAGGAGUGUCUGACCCUGUCCAUCUGGGUCCCCGUCGUGUGCACCGCAAGCAGCCCACUCAAGACUGUGUUGGUGAUCGUGGCAUCCGAAUGGUUCCAAUUCGACAACACUGGUCAACUUGACCGCAAGUGGGAGACUCUGAGCCUCGGUGGGGACAUCGCCGUCGUCGCCAUCAAGCAUAGACUCGGUCUCCUCGGUUUCCUGGAUGCAAGUUCAAACGAAGCGUCCGGAUACGCAGGUGUCGAUGACGUCUUUCUCGCUGUCAAGUGGAUAAGUGAGCACAUCCAAGCGUUUCACGGCGACCCCGGAAGACUCGUGGGUUUCGGUUUUGGAUCAGGUGCAUACAUUUUGUCGAUGGAUUUGUUUGCGGAGGCGCAAAGCAGGAAGAGAUACUUCAAGCGUCUACUCCUGCAUGGCCUCUCGCCAGCGUCUUUGAUUCCUGGUGUAAGGCCGGAUGACGUAAGCAAACUCGUGGCUGCAAUGCAGUGCCCCUCCGCAACUAGUUCAACUGCUCGCGUCGAGUGCCUCAGGAAGGCUAGCCUGAAACGUAUUUAUGAUGAAGCUGCAAAACUGUCACCGCUAUUCUUCACACCUGACUGCGACCGACCUCCUUUUGGUGGGUGUGACAAGAUCUUCACAAAACUUCCGUCAUCUUUGAAAGGGAUUGAUAUACUCUGCGGCUACAAUAUGAACGACGGCCGCGAGUUCCUAAACAAGUAUAUUUUUGAACAAUCAAGAAAUCGAAACACCCUUCAAGUAUUUCACAACCUUCAAAUACUUUUCACUAGGCAAGACAGACAGCAUACGUUCAAGGACUUACCAUUGGAGAAACAACAAGAGCUCGACAAAGGUGGACACGCUGACGUUUAUGGUUUCAUAAGGUUGGUGUCAGACAUGUCACUGCGCUGCCCCAUGAUCGAGCUGGCGCGCCAGGCUGCCGCAAAAGGAGCUUCCGUCCACCUAUAUGGCUGUGACGACACUCGCAAGCUAUUGGAACCGGCUGUCAUGAUGGCGGAUAUUAUUGCCUUUGCGAAAAGAGGGAGCGUGAACUGGCCGAUGUUUUCGGAUGGCAACUAUAUUCUCUUUGCAAAUGCCACGUUGAAAGAAGUAGCAAAAUGGCACGGAAAAGAAUGCUCGCUGCCGAAUCGGAUAUCGCAAACCAUAUUUCAUUGACUC